AUGCUUCCCGCCUCACAACCCAUCUAUAUCGAAGACUCAGCAUCGAAGCCCGGAACUCCCAUCAAAAGUCCACCUCGCAAGAAUUCCGGCCGAGCUGAGAAACAAUUUGCAAUACCACAAGACGACGAAGCCUCAGCCGCUAACGAUGAUGAAACCUUGGCCUCGACUGAUGAGUGGGCGACCAAAUGGGCCGAGACUCUCAGAAAGCUCCAUUUUUGUCAGAUGAGUGACAAAUACGCCGCCGCAAUGUCAACAAGAGAAGGAGAAUGGGACGUGGACAGGGACCUGCAAUUCGCGAUGGUCACGUUAUUCCCAUGGACCAAGGAGUUGAUUUCAUCCUCAACUCGACCAACAAUCUCGUGGCUCAAGGAGAACGCCCAGUGGAUUGACACCAAGGCUCCGGGUGUCUAUGCCUGUGCGGCAAUCAAAAGAGAUCAGGAAGGCCGCAUUAUCACCAUCGUCCUGAAGGUUGGGUGUGCAUGGUCCGUUGAUGCUGGUAUGAAGUCAAGAAAAGCACAGCAUUUGGACAGCAGACUGUCCAAGGAAUGCACCUUCCAUCAGUUCGUCCAGUCGACCCUCCCGUCCGAGACACUUGAGCUCAGAUGGUACACCUUAGCAAUGGGUAAACCAUUCGUCCGAAACACACAAGAAGACGAGUAUCUGGCCGCCAGGUUUUACCAAUUGGAGGCGAUGCUUGCAAGCUCCCUCGGCGCCCUCCACGAAAAAAGCGCCGACUACAAGUUCCGUGCCCUGCAAUGGUGGCCAUUUGACGACCAGUCCAACGAAGAGCUGCCCUGGGCUGGAGGCGACUCGCACUGCGCGCUACGCGAUAGUUGGUCGAAUCGAUCAAACAUGCUCAAUGAGGACGAGAUUGCUGAACGCAAGGCUACUUACACCUUUCGCGAGGGCAUGCGACAGAGGGAGCAGUACCCUUUCAACAUCGAGCAUGAUAAUUACCUUUGCACCAUUGAUGGGUGUCAGAGAGGCUUGCCCGGCUAG